CAGUGGUCUCUCAACUUUUUCACUUUUGUGUAUCCCUUGCUGCAUGUGCUCGCGAGCGCGGAAAAUUUGGCAGGUUUUAGACUCCUUCAUGAUUUAGUCGUGCAAACGUUCGACGCCGUGAUGGUGUUUGGAUGUUUAGAGAUCGACAGCCUUGUUUUCUUUUCUUUUAUUUAUUUAUUUCUUCUAUUCUUCUUGUUCUAGAGGAAUAGAAAUGCUCCUCCCAAGUAUAUAUUUGCAAGGCUACCUUUUGGUGAAGAAUUCUGCAGAGAAGACGAUGUGUCGUAUAUAGUAUAUAUCCCCAAGGCCAGGGGGGUAUUACGACCCGGUCAUUUAAAUGUGGGAGGGGUAAUGGCUGCUGCCCUCGCCUGCCGCCCACUCCCAUUCACUUCUGUCCCUCUCCCAUCCAAGGCGUCCGAGCUAAAGCAACUCCUCCUUCUCUUCCUCCCUCAACGAUGCCAUCCUCCCAAGCCCAUCCAUGCCCGCGCCCUCCGCCUCGGCCUCAUCCAAGACUCCCAUCUCAUCUACCACCUCCUCGCCUCCUACUUCGACGCCGGCCACCCCUCGCGCGCCUGCCUCCUCUUCCAUGCUGCCGACCAUCCACGGAACAUCUUCCAUUGGAAUGCCAUGAUCCGCGGCCUCGUCUCCGUCGACCAAACGGAAGAUGCCGUCCAAUUCUAUGCCACCAUGCGGCGGUGGGGCCCGUCUCCGGACAACUUCACAUUUCCUUUCGUUCUCAAGGCCUGUGCUAGGCUUCAAUUCCUUGAAGGUGGGACAAAGAUUCAUGCACACGUUAUAAAAACAGGGCAUCAGGUAGAUGUGUUUGUGAAGACCAGCUUGGUCUCCUUUUAUGCAAAAUGCGGCUUAUUGAAUACUGCGCACAAGUUGUUCGAGGAUAUGCCCGUGAGAAACGUUGUUUCUUGGACUUCGAUCAUUAGUGGUUAUAUUGGUGGUGGAAAGCUGGAAGAGGCGCUCAACAUGUUCAGAAGCUCGUUGGAUAUGGGUUUGGUGCCAGAUGGUUUCACUUUGGUCAGGAUACUGACUACUUGUUCCCAUUUAGGGGAUAUGCAGACUGGGGAAUGGAUACAUAGAUAUGCAGAGGACAAGGGCAUCGACAACAACGUGUUUGUUGCUACUUCACUAGUCAACAUGUAUGCUAAAUGUGGAAGCAUGGAGAAGGCUCGUGCUGUCUUUGACAAGAUGGUUGUGAAGGAUGUCGUGUCCUGGAGUGCAAUGAUCUGUGGGUAUUCCUCCAAUGGGCUUCCUCGAGAGGCUUUAGAGCUUUUCUUCAAAAUGCAGAAUACUAAUGUGAGACCGGAUUGCUAUACCAUGGUUGGAGUGCUUUCGGCUUGUGCCAGAUUAGGAGCCCUUGAACUAGGUCAACAGGCAAGCCAAUUAAUGGAUGCGAGUGACUUCCUUAUGAACCCAGUCCUAGGGACAGCACUGAUUGAUAUGUAUGCCAAAUGUGGAAGUAUUGUUCGAGCUUGGAGUAUCUUUAAGAGGAUAAUGGAAAAAGACCUUAUAGUUUGGAAUGCAAUGAUAUCUGGUCUCGCCAUGACUGGCCAUGGGAAGCUCUCCUUUGGGCUUUUCGCUCAGACUGAGAAGCUGGGCAUUCAACCCGAUGGGAAUACUUUCAUAGGCCUUCUUUGCAGCUGUUCACACACUGGACUAGUGGAAGAUGGACGGCGGUACUUUGACAGCAUCAGUAGGGUUUACUGCUUGACACCUAGAGUUGAGCACUAUGGUUGUAUCGUUGAUCUAUUUUGCCGUGCUGGAUUGUUAAAUGAGGCUUAUCAAUUGAUAAAUGAGAUGCCUAUGGAGGCUAAUGCUGUUGUUUGGGGAGCUAUGCUGGGUGGCUGCAAGUUGCAUCGUGAUACCAAACUGGCUGAGCACGUGUUGAAGAAGCUUAUUGAGUUAGAGCCACAAAAUUCUGGGAAUUAUGUUCUGCUAUCUAAUAUAUACUCUACAACUGAGAGAUGGAAUGACUCUGCAAGACUAAGGUUGGUCAUGAAGGAGAAAGGAAUACAAAAGACACCUGGGUGUAGUUGGGUUGAGCUAAAAGGUGUGGUUCAUGAGUUCCAUGUAGGGGACAUAUCCCACCCACUGUCUAAUGAGAUUUACUCUAAGCUUGAUGAGUUGGGUAGGAAGUUAAAGCAAAGAGGGUACAUGCCAACAACAGAAGUGGUCUUGUUUGACAUAGAAGAGGAAGAGAAAGAGCAUUCACUUGGGCAUCAUAGUGAAAAACUGGCUAUUGCUUUUGGUCUGAUCAGUAUGGGACCAGAAGACACAAUCAGAGUAGUGAAGAACCUACGUGUUUGUAACGAUUGUCAUGCAGCAAUAAAGCUCGUUUCAGACAUUACUAACCGUGAGAUUGUAGUUAGAGACAACAACAGAUUCCACUGUUUUAAAGAUGGCUCCUGUUCAUGUAAUGAUUAUUGGUGAACAAGAUCAUCAUAAUCUAAAACAAGGUAACGGUGAGAUGGAAGUUAUGUUUGCUUAUGGCUUAUGAAGUUUUGGCUUGUGAACAAGAUCAUCAUAAUCUAAUCCAAGUUAUGGCUUCUGCAAAUACAGUAUCUUAUAUGGAUAAUUGUUUACACUGAUGUUGUUACAUUAAUAUGAUGAUAAAGGAUCAACAAACUUGGUAUACUUCAAGACAAGUGGAUUUUUGAGAUAUGCUCCAUUGAUAUUUUAAAAAGCAUAUGAGAACAGCCAACCAGAGAGAAGAUAAUUUUUUACACAGGUUAGUCUUAUUCUGCAAUCUUAUGUAAACUAAACCUAGGCAAUAUAUUUCUUCUUUUGCAUUAACUCCUUGUUGCAUAAAUGCAGUCCUAUCAUUUGUUAUUUCCUUUGUGUUUUUGUGUCAUUUACAUGCCACAUGGUUUUAGCUGCAAUUACUUGAACUGCUGAAAGCACAUAUUUGUUCAAUUAACUUUUUGGACCACAGGCAUCUUACCAGUAUUAGUUGGGUAAUGGAGCAUAUGUUUUCUCUCAAAAAGCUGUAUCUGAACAAAAGGCAUCCUGUUACACCAGAAUAAAAUGUGGCAAAUCAACCAGGAGUAUGUUCAAACUGUUUCUUGGUCUUAUGACAGCCUACAACUGCUCAUGGCCAUCUUUUUCCCUACAUUUUUGCUUUUAGACAAUCCAUAUGUUUGACAAGUCUGAACAAUUUUUUGCACAUCCCAAGUGCCCCGAACCUGUUCUAAAGUGAAUAUUUCCAUCUGUCAUCUAAACAUAGACUAGAAAAUUCCUUCUGUUCGCACUGUUGCAUCUUUCUUUUCUCCAUGUAUAGGGUUUUCAGGGUUCAAGGAUUCCCAUAAGCCUCUACCAGCUGAAUGUGCCUCUUCCUUCCAUCAAGAUCCUAUGCAUCCUAUGAUGAAGUAAGCCAUAGUGAUAAUGAAUAAGUCACCAAUCUCAUCUACAACUGAAAGUAUUAAACCUCAGGAAAGUUGCUGCACUGUCAUGUUAACAAUUUAGGAACAUGUUUUCCUUUGUGUUUUAGCGAGAGAUAAUCUUUUCCCAUUAACCCUGAAUCAUUAACACGGUGAGCCACACCUAACUAACACUGGGGCAUGUGUCCCACUUUCACAUGAAAUGUGCUACGAACAUGUUCAAGUGGACAAGAAAGUCAUGGUCAAUUUUAAGGGUAAUAUGCGGACUCCUCAUUCAUCUGUCACCAUGUGCUACCACAAUUGUAGCUUCUUUUGUUGAGAAUUGCUCCAACUCACCAAAAGUUAUUGGUCUGCACUGGGACUGUAUUUGAGAGUCCACGCUUGCUGGAUGAAGAUACAGCCAUGACAUACCAAAUCUACUCCCAUGAAAAUGGUACAUGAAUAAUUUUUUUCUUUUGUUGUUGCAAGAGAUCCAUUUAGGAGGAGAAAAUUUUGCAGAGGAAGACUUCGGGACAUUCAUAUGAACCCUUUCACACUGAAGUAGCACCAGCCAAUGGGACACAAUUACAGUCAAGGGACCUAGUCAGCAGGAUGUAAAUUUUUCCUUUAAUUUAAUUUCUUUCAAAUAAAUUAUCUUGCUAGAAAUACUAAUUAUGAAUAUCUUUUUCUAACCCAGCCUAUUUUGUCGGUACCUAAAAUUCAGAUAAAUGGGAUUUAGGUACUACCUAUCUUUGUUUAGUACAUGGUAAGCUAAUCUUGAUGCAGGAAAUACGAAAUACUUCACACCUCAUAUCAAGUACGGAAGUGGUACCAGCUCAGUCAUAUUUUUGGUAAACGUUUCUUUAAUGCUUAAUUUUUGCUGUUGUAGAAGUAAUUGAUAAUCUAGUUUUGUCAGCAUAAGUUUUGGCUUUUUUUGGGCACUGCUACAUGAUUAAUCUACAAACUGAGAACAUAGCCUGACAGCUAUUUGGACAACAAUUUUUUGGUUGACAUGAAUAAAGAAAUAAAUCCACACACCGAGACUUUAGCCUGACAGCUAGCUUAAGAACAUUAAAUUUCAAAAUGAUUAAGAAAAUAUGCCAGAUCCAUCAGCCCACUUCUUAGUUGUCACAAAGAUUUUUUAUAUGGAUGCACCUGAUACCACAUAAAAACAAGCUUUUUUGCAUUCUUAUAUUAAAGAUUCUCUGCUGACAAGAUGAUUUCGAGCUAUAAUUAACUAUAAACUAGAAAGGAAUCAAUUAGCUGUAGCUGACAAGCCUUGGUAUUAUAUGUUGCAUCUCUGUUUCUUAUAUAGGGAAAUCUGCAUCUCAGUAAUCAAAUGUGCUGAGAGAGAGAGAGAGAGAGAGAGAGAGAGAGAGAGAGAGAGAGAGAGAGUUAUAAUUCUGACAAUCAAUCUAUUCCAGAUGCCGAGGAGAUGAAACCUGAAAACCAAAUCUAAGAUCAGGCUGUUUGCGUGCGCUGUGUGCAAUCAUUGACCAGUUGAUAUGCAAUAACAUUAAUUGCUUAGGUUUUGCAGACUGAACAUUUGUGAUUUAAGGGCUCCUUGCUGCAUCGUGAUGAACUCCAAUAUGUUACCAUAAGCCACGAACAUUUGCUGCAUCGUGAUGCAUGCACUCGGUCACCAUAUAUUUUGUGUUUAUUGACUUAAUACUUGAGAAGAGCAGUCAUGUUCCCAUGGAUUUCCAAUCAAAAAAUUUAAAACCGUCAGAUCUGUCCUAUAGCCAUCAAACAAAUUGUAUGGGCCUCCGAGUAACAAUGCCACCUCAAUUAUCUACUCUGAAAAAGACAGUAGUCUGAUGAAGGCUCGUACAAGGCUGCAUAGAAGUUGAUCUUAUCAACUACGGUAUGGGCUCCGACUGCAGAGUUUGUAGACGGUCUUGGUAAUCAAGAGCAGCAGUUCUUGCCCGUCUAGCUGGUGUAGAUCUAACUUAAGGUGGAAAUAUUCCUCUCUCUGAUGACGAUUUAAUCUUUUUGAGAUUACAAAAGGAUUCACAGCUUCCUUCCACUUUUUCUUUUUCAUCAAGUGGCGAGAAAAAAAUCAAAGGUGGCAACGAUUAUAUCUACAUAGGAAAUAGAGAGAAAAGAAAAAUGGGAACAAGUAACCAAAGUCAGCGCGCGAUCGGCACUGAGAGACCACCAAAAAAACUGUCACCCCAUGAAGCCUCUACGACCCACCGACACUUGGAUGCCAAAGUCUUGUUCUCCGUUCAUUCAGUCCUCUGAUAUGCUCUCAAGACGCGGCCUCCAGACGCCCACCUGGCCGCUCCUCCGCCGGCGGUGCCGAACCUUCUUUUCCGAAAGGACCUGCCUCAGGCAGCUGUCAUGGCCCAAUUCCUGGACGACAGCAGUGCUGCCACUUUUCUGGUGCCUCUUCUUCCUCUCUUUUCUUGGGAGCGCUGAUUCUGGAAUCAGGAAAUAGAUAUGGCCCCUCUUCAGGUCCGAGUCCGGCGACACGAUCAAGAUCUUGGUGGUGACGCCUUGAGAGCACGGCUUGCUUAAGAUGUGGUCCGGGUUGGCUGCUAGAAUUUCUCCGGCGGAGACCUGGCGGCUGCUGUACUCCUCGACUUGGCCAUCGAGAUGGACGAUUCGGAUGACGUCCAGCGCGCCGCAGGGAAGAAUGCAAGCCAAGCAGCACCUGAGGCUGUUGCCCAUCGUCUCUUUCUCUUCUUCUUAUUCGACUUAAUAGUAUCCCCCCCUUCCCCCUCCCUCAUGCGUCGCUUCCUGCUGUGAUCCUGCUGAGGGUUAUAUAGAUGUUCGCCACUGGAACUCGCCGUAAACUAAAAGCUGAAGGCCAUGCUGUGCUGCGUUACGACAAAAAAGGGCCACAUUAUAGAA